AUGGCCCAACUCAAUUACCGCACAAUCAACAUCGAUGUCCUCGAUCCGGAGUCAUCCGUGAGCUUCCCCAUGGACACCCUCCUCCCCUCCACCCUGCCCCCACCCGAGACAUCCUCCGACGCCGCCAACGUCGCAACCCAAGUUCGCCAGCUGCUCCGCGGAGGCGACCCCGAAGGCGCCCUGCGGCAUGUGCUCGACACCGCGCCGCUGGGCGGAGACGAUCGCGCCAAGGAGGUGCACAUGGCUACCGUUGUGGAUGUGCUGCAGGGGAUCCGGCAGGGGGAGAUGACCCGCGUGUUGGAGGGGGUGUGCGGCGGGGCCGGCGGGUCGGAGAGAGCGGACUGCCUGAUGAAGUAUCUGUACAAGGGGAUGGCUGCUCCAGGCCCCGGUAGCGGCGUGCAGUCGCCCCAUAAGUCGAUGUCGCCGCAGAGCACUGGAUUCUCGCAGAUCCAGGCGCGUAAUCUCGGCGAGGGAGGUGGCGGUCAGCAGAUGAGUGUGCUUCUGAGCUGGCAUGAGAAAUUGGUUGAGAUUGCGGGUACCGGGUCGAUUGUUCGAGUCAUGACGGAUCGGAGAACGGUCUAG